UUUUUGUGGACGAGUGCGGUGCCGUGUUCGAAAAGCGAUCCGCUGAACAAAACCACGAAUUCGUGCUCCAGUCUCACCUGGUGCCCAAACAAUGGGGAAACUCGACUUAAAUACACGUUGAAUUUAAGCAAAUUUUCGCGGCCCUACUGCAUUAUUUACAGAAAUAAGAAUAAGCGAUUCGAACCUAUGGAUUGCGCGUUUAAAGCUCAUUUUUCAUGCGAGUCGGAGUGCUUGAGGCCCAUUUUACCGCCACAGAAUGAGUGCCAAAAGGAUGGGUCGUUAUUUGAAAAAAUCGGCGGAAAAACCUACCUCAAAAAAGAACAUGAGAUCCGUGGAACGUGGGAGCAAAACGAAUUAGGCUUUUAUUUCUUUGGAGAGAAAUUUGUGAACUGGCAGGAAAAUUGGAUGACAUGCUGCAGACUGGGCCUCAAACCUAUAGCUCUGAUUAACAAUAUUUUGGACCAUUUGGAAACACCGAAUAUUAUUGCAGCCAUGCAGGGUGUGGUUUACUGGACGGCAAUGACUCGAGCUGGAUGCCAUCUUCACUUCGAAAACUUCCUCCACAACGAAUCGGAAACUUUCGUCUUUGCCAUCUAUGGAAUCCGGAAAGGAGGUUCUUGCGUAGCUGCUUCGAUCAGAGAUCCAAAAUCCGCGGAGGUGGUAGGACCGAGUCUGGCAGUGAAAACCAAAAACUGCGCCUCCAAACUGCUGUUGGGCUGCGAAGGAACGGAACAGACCUUCGAAAUCAGGGUUACAAAAUUAUAAAACGAUCAUUGUAAUGAUUUAAAAUAAUUUAUCUUUAAUCAGGAUGUCCCUAGCAACUGCGAUUUACCAGAGUGCACAGGGCUACCCGAUUGCGUAAUGAAAGAUGAAUUCUUCCUCACGCAACCCUUCCGAGUCUUGCU